UCGCCGCCGUGCCCGCGAGCGGGAGUCGGAGUCGCCGCCGCCCGAGCGCAGCCGAGCGCACGCCGAGCCGGAUCGCCGCCGCCAUGGCCACCACGGUGACCUGCACCCGUUUCACCGACGAGUACCAGCUAUACGAGGAUAUUGGCAAGGGAGCUUUCUCUGUGGUCCGACGCUGUGUCAAGCUCUGUACCGGCCAUGAAUAUGCAGCGAAGAUCAUUAAUACCAAGAAGCUGUCAGCCAGAGAUCACCAGAAGCUGGAGAGAGAGGCUCGGAUCUGCCGCCUGCUGAAGCAUUCCAACAUUGUGCGUCUCCACGACAGCAUCUCAGAAGAAGGCUUCCAUUACCUGGUCUUCGAUCUGGUCACUGGCGGGGAGCUCUUUGAAGACAUCGUGGCAAGAGAGUACUACAGCGAGGCUGACGCCAGUCACUGCAUUCAGCAGAUCCUGGAGGCUGUUCUCCACUGUCACCAGAUGGGGGUCGUCCACAGAGACCUCAAGCCCGAGAACCUGCUUCUGGCCAGCAAGUGCAAGGGGGCUGCAGUGAAGCUGGCGGACUUCGGCCUGGCCAUCGAGGUGCAGGGAGACCAGCAGGCGUGGUUCGGAUUCGCGGGAACGCCGGGCUACCUGUCUCCUGAGGUCCUUCGGAAGGAGGCGUAUGGCAAACCUGUGGACAUCUGGGCAUGUGGGGUGAUCCUGUACAUCCUGCUGGUGGGCUACCCACCUUUCUGGGAUGAGGACCAGCACAAGCUGUACCAGCAGAUCAAGGCUGGGGCCUACGAUUUCCCAUCCCCCGAAUGGGACACCGUUACUCCUGAAGCCAAAAACCUCAUCAACCAGAUGUUGACCAUCAACCCUGCUAAGCGCAUCACGGCCCAUGAGGCCCUGAAGCAUCCAUGGGUCUGCCAACGCUCCACAGUGGCCUCUAUGAUGCACAGACAGGAGACCGUGGAGUGCCUGAAGAAGUUCAACGCCAGGAGGAAGCUCAAGGGAGCCAUCCUCACCACUAUGUUGGCCACACGGAACUUCUCAGUGGGCAGACAGACCACCGCUCCGGCCACAAUGUCCACCGCGGCCUCCGGCACCACCAUGGGGCUGGUGGAACAAGCCAAGAGUUUACUCAACAAGAAAGCAGAUGGAGUCAAGCCACAGACAAACAGCACCAAAAACAGCUCGGCCAUCACCAGCCCCAAAGGAUCCCUCCCUCCUGCUGCCCUGGAGCCUCAAACCACCGUUAUCCAUAACCCAGUGGACGGGAUUAAGGAGUCUUCUGACAGCACCAACACGACCAUAGAGGACGAAGAUGCCAAAGCCCCCAGGGUCCCUGAUGUCCUGAGCUUGGUGAGGAGGGGCUCAGGAGCCCCAGAAGCCGAGGGCCCCCUAUCCUGCCCAUCUCCAGUUCCCAUUAGCCCCCUUCCAGCCCCGUCUCCCAGGAUCUCUGACAUCCUGAACUCGGUGAGAAGGGGCUGUGGAACCCCGGAAGCCGAGGGACCCCUAUCAGUGGGGCCCCCACCCUGCUUGUCUCCGGGUCUCCUAGGCCCCCUGCCCGCCCCGUCCCCCAGGAUCUCUGACAUCCUCAACUCAGUGAGGCGGGGCUCAGGGACCCCAGAAGCUGAGGGCCUCCCACCAGUGGGCCCCCCACCCUGCCCAUCUCCGACUCUCCCCGGCCCCUUGCCCACCCCAUCCCGGAAGCAGGAGAUCAUCAAGACCACAGAGCAGCUCAUUGAGGCAGUCAACAACGGCGACUUUGAGGCCUAUGCGAAAAUCUGUGACCCAGGCCUGACCUCAUUUGAGCCUGAAGCUCUGGGCAACCUGGUCGAAGGGAUGGAUUUCCACAGAUUCUACUUCGAGAACCUGCUGGCCAAGAACAGCAAGCCGAUCCACACCACCAUCCUGAACCCGCACGUGCACGUCAUUGGCGAGGACGCAGCCUGCAUCGCCUACAUCCGCCUCACACAGUACAUUGAUGGCCAGGGCCGGCCCCGUACCAGCCAGUCCGAGGAGACCCGCGUGUGGCACCGCCGCGAUGGCAAGUGGCAGAAUGUACAUUUCCACUGCUCGGGCGCUCCCGUGGCCCCGCUGCAGUGAGGGCUGCGCCUGGUUUCACCGGACAGAGUUGGUGUUUGGAGCCCAGCCGCCCUCGGGGCACGGCCUGCCUGUCGCAUGUUUGUGUCUGCCUCGUCCCCUCCCCUGGUGCCUGUGUCUGCAGAAAAACAAGACCAGAUGUGAUUUGUUUUUAAAAAUAAGAUGAUGACAACGACAACCACAUGCAAAAAAAAAAAAAAAUUGGCAUCGGAUGAAAUGGAGAAAAAAAAAACUAAAGAAAGGGAAAAAAGCUGUAAAAAAAAAAUCUGGCACUUGUGGGGCCACCCCCCACCCGAGCUCCACAUGUGUGUGCUGCGCUCCUGGCUUUGGGGACCCUCGGGGCGUGGAUGUGCCCGUGCUGACCGUGUUAGUCUGUAGGCAUCGCACUCACCCCUCCCCUCGGGCAUCUGCACCCGUCCGCGUGCGCAUGGGCCCCACUUGCCAUGCUGACCUGGCUGUUGUGGUGUCAGGUGUCUUGGGAAGGGCUGGGGGCUGCCUCCUUUCCUGCUAGUCGUGCCUGAGAGUUGCUGCUGUCCCUGCUUUCCCUGCCGUCCCUCAUCCCGUGAAGGGCUGGGUGGGUGCCCCUCUAGCCAAGGACCUGCCUUUGCCCCAUGGAGCGAGUGGGAGAAGCCAGUCCUCAAGGUCACCAGAGAAGAGCUCCGGUUCUUGAGGGAGUGAAGCAUGGAGGUAACACACCCUGCCUCCAGGCCUCAUGCCUGGCAAGGGUUGGUUAAGGAGGCACGCAGUGCCAACCACCUAGCUAUGAAGAAAGGACUGGGCCAAGGAUGGCCUCCUUCCUGCUUGGGGCACUUGUCCCUUCCCCGCCACCAGCAGCAGAGCAACAGUGGCCCACCCCUGGCCUGGGCAGUUCCUUUCUGUGAGGUUGGCAGCAAACCCUCCCGAGGACUGAGGACCUGAAAUACUGGUUGGAUGCUGGGAGCAAGCCAGACUGCAUCUGGGGUUGGCCCAUUCAGCCUGGAGUCUGGGGGCUUGGGCUUGGUUGGAUGACACGGAAUGUGGUAAAGAAUGGCCGGAAGAUGGGGUUUAGGCUCCGGGCAGUGCAGGUCCGCAUGGGCGUCUGAUGAAGUAGGGGUGCUUUCCUAACCUGGCCUGGAGGGGAAGCCAGAGCCAGCCAGAGGCACAUGGAAGGACAGGCCAGGGCUUUGCCGUGCGUGGGAGACAGCCCAGAGAGAGGCGGGCUGCGGGUCGAGAUUUAUGGGUGUGGGCCCUAGACACCAGUGGGUGGAGGGAGGGUCCGUUAGGACAGUGUGCCGCCUGCAGGGCCCAGUGGUGCUCCUAGGUGCCAGCUGCUUAUUGUAGGUGGCCCUGGCCCUUGGUGAUCAGGAGAACCAUGCAAGGCUGGAAGCAUUGUGGAGCCAGGCUAGGGGGAAAGGUGAAGCCAGGCUGGGUGGGGGUGGUGAGGAGCUUUGAUUCGAAACAGUCCAAGGGCCUCCACCCCAGUGCUGCCCACUUUAAAUUCACAUCAUUUCCAACCAGGAUUUUCUUUGUCUUCUACUACAAAUCAAGCCAGGGGAGGGGCAUGAAGUGGGGAACGGGACACAGGAUCCUAAACUCCAAGGGGACUGUCCACCUACGACACUCAGUGGAUAUCACCUUUCAUCCACUGUGCCCGGGACAGCUGUCUCCUACCCAUGGACACAGGGUAAACACCUGCCAGGCUCCACUUGAGUGGCCCAAGGCCAUGGAGUGGCAGGGCUUGCCACGGACAGUGUGAGGCCCUGUGACCAGCCACCCUGGCAUCCUGGGGUCUUCCUUCCUCUCCCCACCCACCUUGUUAUCUCCACAAAGCUGCCUGUCUGGGAUUAUUUGGGGAUUCUUUUCUGGGGACAGUUCUUUUGCAUGACCCUCUAAAGAGCAGGCCACUCCUGCUCCGCUGGCUAGGUGUUCUCGGGUGGUGGUGUUGGCCGCUGGCCAGUGCUGCAGCGAGUCGCUGCCUGCAGUACGGGUGGCCCUCCCUCUUCUCUUUUUGCUGAGUUCCAUUGUCUUUUCUUUCUGAGCCUUGUAGGUGUACAAAACUUAUUCUUAUUUUGUUCUGUCUCGGGAAACUGCAAAUAAAAAAAAAAAGGACAAUCUGC